AUGGCGGGCCACGCGACACCACAACUAAGCGCCUUGAAAUGGUCCUCCCAGCUGGCAAUCACGUCGCCCAUUCGCACACCAAAGCUUCCAGGCGACAAAAUCCUUUUACCGCAAUCUGCGCUCGAACAGCUUCUUGCUGCUGCCCCGGUGGCCGAAGAAGGAGGAGGAGGAGGAGUAGAUUCUGCAUACAACACAGCAACAACAUCAUCAUUAUCAUCCACAUUCGAUCCGUUUAAUCCGCAUACUUUCGCCGCCGAGGCUCAAGCGCGCGCGGCUGCUGCUUCUGGCCUAAGAGCCCGCCAACCCCAGCUUCCUCAUCCGCUUACGUUUCGUAUCACGAAUCCGGGGACUGGUCGAGCCGUGUAUGCUGGGAUCAGGGAAUUCUCGGCCGAGGAGGGCCAGGUCAGCCUCAGUAGUUUCCUGAGGGAAGCGCUUGGGUUGGAAGAUUCCGCAGGUGGUGGUAAGGAUAAUGGCGGAGAAGGGGCAACAAUGGACAUCGAUUCUAGUUCCAAUGCGGCAACUGUCACAGUGGAUGUGCAGCAACUACCCAAGGGAACAUAUGUGCGUCUACGGCCGCUGGAAGCUGGAUACGAAUCUGAAGACUGGAAGGCUCUGUUGGAACGUCAUUUGCGAGAGAAUUUUACAACACUAACGAUCGGUGAGAUUCUCACCAUACCCCGAGGGCGGAAUCGAUAUUUCAAGUUUCUAGUCGACAAGGCAAGCCCCGAGGGAAGCGGCAUAUGUAUUGUUGACACCGACCUGGAAGUCGACAUGGAGCCUUUAAACGAGGAACAAGCGCGCGAGACUUUGCGAAGGCAGGUGGAGAAGGCUUCUAUCGACACAAAAGCGAAGAAAGGCAGUUCGCUUGGCGGAGUGAUAUCCAGCGAUCAGGACAUUAGCGGGCGUGUCGCGAGAGGAGAAUAUGUGGACUAUGAGUUGCGGGAUUGGAAUUCGCCAAAAGGAAUACAGCUGCAGCUAGAGGCCGCUGAUGGAGCCGAGCUUGAUAUCUUCGUUAGUCCGUUGACGCCGUAUCAAAGAUCGCGUCCGAGAAGCGAUGAGCAUGUUUUUGGCGAUAUGUCAUCAAGCUCGUUCAAAAGCAUAAAACUCGACCCUUCAACGCCAGAAUUCACAGAUGCAGAGACGUUGUACAUUUCUGUUCAUGCGUUUCUCCCCCCUGGAGACGAAAAUGAUUCCAACACGGUGGACUAUGUUUUACGAAUUUCCGAGGCUUCAUCUGACUAUUCGACCGACCAGGCCACAACCUCAGCAGAUCAUGACCCGGAAGAAACCCAGUGCAAGAACUGCCUUCAAUGGGUUCCGAAACGAACCCUGUUUCUGCAUGAGAAUUUCUGUCUUCGAAACAACAUCUUUUGCCCGAAAUGCCAAAAUGUGUUUCAAAAAUCCUCGAGUGAAUGGCAAAAUCAUUGGCAUUGUGAGCAUGACGAGUCUUUUGGAAAUGACAUAUCUAGCAAAGAAAGACACGAUUCUGUGUUUCACGAGUCUCAUUUUUGCCCUAACUGUGAUUAUGAAGCUUCGAAUUUGCCGUCGCUGGCACAUCACCGCACGACCAGAUGCCCUUCUAGGCUGAUACUGUGCCAAUUUUGCCACCUGGUUGUUCCUCAGCAAUCAGAAACAGAUCCGGACAUGAAUGACCCCGAAGUUCUGCUCUCUGGGCUAGCACCGCACGAGGUUGUUGACGGGGGCCGCACGACAGAGUGCCACUUGUGUAGCAAGAUUAUUCGGCUCCGCGAGAUGAAAACACAUCUUCGCCACCACGACCUGGAGCGUCUCUCACGCCCGCCACCUUCUAUCUGCAGAAACGAGAACUGCGGACGAACAGUGAAACCUCCUUCCUCGACUGCGAACGCUUCUCGCAGCUCUCUUCUCGGCCUAUGCACUAUAUGCUUUGGCCCCUUGUACACAGACACGCAUGACCCCGAGGGCAAGGCUCUCAAGCGACGCAUCGAAAGGCGGUAUCUAUCACAAAUGCUGACCGGCUGCGGGAAAUCCUGGUGUCAUAACGAAUACUGCAAAACCGGCCAUCCGCGAUCUUCAUCUACUACCAACCUACCGACUUCCUCGAAAGAGAUCCUCCAAAUCACAAAACCUCUACUCGACGCUAUUACUCUGACACCAGCCAGCAACAAAAGCACGGCUCCAUUCUAUUUCUGCGCAGACGAAACGAGUCAACAGAGACGCCUAGUCGGCGAACUUAUUGCAGCCGAGGGUCUUUAUGAUAUCAGUUGGUGUCUUGCAGCUCUAGAGGCCGCUGGCGGUGAUCUAGAAAAGGCGAGAGAGUGGUUAAACGGAUGGGCACCAAAGAAGAACGAAACUAGAGCUACAUAA